AUGGCGCCCAAAGCAGGUGUGUCAGUACGGUGGACGGGGUUACAGACUCUGAAAUUACUAGAAUUCAUCGCUUCGAAUGAUACUUAUCGAAGAGCACUAUUCCCUUCAUCUACAACUCAAAUCAAGAACAAAUUAAUGGUAGCGCAAGAAGCAUGUGAAGAGUUCUUGAGAUACGAUGAUUGGAUGAGAGACGCCGAGAGAAGAGGAUUAGUCACUUGGAAUGAGAGAAUGGGGAAAUGGGAUAUCAAGGAUUGGGAUAGUAAUGUGGCUAACCCCAUUUAUACAAAAGUAAAUUCGUUGAGAAAAUCGUUUGAAGAAGGGAGGUACAAAGAUGAACAUGGAUUUAAGAAUCAUUGGAAUUCAUUUGAUGAUAUACGUGAUAUAUCGAAAAAGAACAAACUACAGAAAGCUCAUCCAUACUUUUUCCUCCUGAGACGACUGUGUACGCCCCAGUAUCGCACAAGCGCUCGACCCCAACCGCUUGUACUUCCUGACUUUGAACGAUCAUUCCCACCCAGCGCCAAACGAAAGGAUAGAUCGCCAUCUAUCUUACCUGAAUCUUCAUCGGAUUCAGAAGAGUCGCAAACACUCCCAAAGCUCUUUGAUUUCGAUAGCCCUUCAUCACCCGUCAGAGCACCAUUGAGCAAAAGAGUCAAAUGGACAGUACCUUCUUCACCACCUACAUCCGAACAAGAGAUGGACGAUUCAGUUACGAGGACGACUACUCCUUUGAGAGCUUUAGAACUUGAUCCGGUACAGGAGGAAAGAGUACGUGCCGAGUUGGAAGCAGUAGUGGAAGUAUCGAGCCAGGGUCCAAGUCGUGAAGAAGAGGAUAUGGGGGCACAUAUCAUUUCUGACGCUGAGUCAACUACGUCUUCUUCUUCACACAUCUCUUCAGUAUCUUCAAUAUCUUCUGCUUCGGAUCUUGCAUCUAUACAGGAACUUACUCCCAGCAAGUUAAGCUCGAUGCCCAAGUCAAGCAAGUCAAGGAGAUCAGUCAUCAACAAUACUGCUCCAGAUCAGCGCCUCCGAAUUCAGGCAGGUCCAGGAUUGCUUCUGGACGAUGCCAUAGAUUUAGAAAACACUAGGAGCCCUCUUCCAUUUGGCAAAGAGAUCACAAAAGGCGAGGGUAUCGACAGUGAUCGACUUAAUUAUGGGCCGGAGUCGCCUCCCAGGACCCGUGUGGUCACAUCGAUUGGAAAUACAGGAACGAUACCGGACGCUCGGAAAGCUCCCACCCCUGGGGUCCGGCCCAGCGCUGGCCGUUGCGAUGAAGUUCAGUUCACCUACAUGAAGGAUCUUCCGCAAAUUGUCAAAAACGCAAUAAAGAUGGCCUCAGUUCUCGAUUCCGUAACAACUGCGUCAGCUCCAUUUCGCACCCUUCGAGAAGGGUGUGUAGCACUCGCUCGCCACCAAGAUCUUUACAAAGGUACCAAGCAAAAGGAGCUGCUAAGAGGGUCUUCUAAGGAGAGGCGAUGGAUCGUACGACGAGGUCAAAUUGAGAUGGGUGUAGAGGCAGUCUGUCGAUUGAUGGAAGGCCUCAACGCCGAUGGACCGCACUUACUGAUGAGCAAUUAUCGACUGCUUGUGGAACCUGCGGACAGUGGAGAUAGCCACUUAAUGUUACUUCAAUACUUGUUGCAACGGACUGGGGCUACACCCUAUUCCACCCGGGAAGCUUUCGAGCAGGCGAAGUCCACGAAUGCUUUAUACAUCGCAUGGUUGGGUAGACCGAGGGGACGAAAGGUAUCAUCAUCCGGUGUCAGAUCAAUCCCAGCUGUAGAUUGCAUCCAGACGGUGCUAGCAAAAUAUGUGAGAUACAAACGGGAUCUCGAUCUGCUCAGCCAGCUGCUCAGCAAGAGUAUAGAAGAAUGUCAGGGCAGUUUUGUUAUUGCCUCCGACAAACGAUUCAAAAAGCUCGUCAGACAAUAUGACGGACAAAGAGAGGGGGCAUUCGAAGGAGGUAUCCUCAUUGAGCUGGACGCAGACUUCAUAAUGAUGGCAGUCAGACAUAGAGAGGAAGGUCGUACCAUAAUAGCUACUCCACAGUGGUUUAUACGAUAUAUCAUUGAACAACGUAAGAACAGAUGA